CAUUAUGGACCCCAAUGAAAAAGUAGCUCUGCUGACACAAAUCUUGGAGUUUGGACAGACGCCAAAGCAGUUGUUUAUGAUUCCUCAUCCCCGAAGGAUAGUACCAAAGUUGAAAAGCUUGUCUCGAACAUCUAGUCACAGUGUUUCCAUAAGCGAGUCUCCAGGUAAGUAAUCAUUUGAAGAUUUGACAGAAGAAAGUAUAACACUUGCUUGGAACAAUAUUGCCAAACUAAAAUUAGAUGAGCAAUAUAAAAUUCACAAAGAGGCAAUUACUGGAAUAGCAGUCACUUGCAAUGGGUCUUCUGUUUUCACUACAUCCCAGGAUUCAACUUUGAAGAUGUUUUCCAAAGAAUCAAAAACAACCCAGAGAAGUGUGUCCUUUUCAAACAUGGCUUUGUCAUCUUGUCUAAUCUUACCAGGAGAUACCACUGUCAUAAGUUCUUCAUGGGACAAUCAUAUCUAUUUUUAUUCUAUUGCAUUUGGAAGACAGCAAGACAUCUUAAUGGGACACGAUGAUGCAGUCAGUAAGAUCUGUUGGUGUGAUGGGCGUUUAUAUUCUGCAUCUUGGGAUUCUACUGUGAAGGUGUGGCAUUGUGUUCCUGGAGAGACCUUGAGCAAUAAAAAGCACCACUUUGAACUGCUUGCAGAGUUAGAACACGACGUUAGUGUAAAUACAAUUAACCUUAAUGCUGCAAAUACUAUACUGGCAUCUGGAACGAAAGAGGGUACCAUUAGUGUUUGGGAUGUUCCUACAGCAACAGUGUUGCACCAGUUGCCAUGCCAUUCUGGGACUGUGUUUGACGCUGCUUUUAGUCCUGACAGCAGACAUCUACUCAGCGCAGGAGAGGACUGUUGUUUUAAAGUAAUAGAUGUACAAACUGGAAUGCUUAUAUCUUCUGUAACCACUGAUGAGCCACAGAGGUGCUUCAAAUGGGAUGGAAAUACUAUCUUAUCAGGCAGUCAAUCUGGUGAAUUACUGAUUUGGGACCUCCUUGGAGGAAAAGUUAUUGAAAGAAUCAAAGGACAUACAGGUGCUGUAACAUCCAUGUGGAUGAAUGAACAGUGCAGCAGUGUUAUUACAGGAGGGGAAGACAAACAAAUCAUGUUCUGGAAACUGCAAUACUGAGUGCUUUUCCCUCCAGAUGUUUAAAUGAACUCUUUAUUUUAAACCAAACCUUUUAAAGGAACUUAACUGUGUGCAAUGGUGGCUGCUGAAGUUCAACCAGAUAGGAAGAUUUGGACUACAACUGCCUAAAUACGGUGACUUCACUGAGAGCUCUUAACUUCUACAAUGUAUGCAUUUGUUUUUCAUGGACUAUCAUACUGAAAAUGCUUGCCUAAAAUUAUAUGAGAUGAAAUUAAAGACCUAUUUUUCUGUAAUUAAAGAGCUC